CAGAGCAAUAAAAUAUCAUUAAAAAUGAAAAAAUUAUGGUCAAAAAUGAAUUUAUAAUCAAUACCUCAUUCAAUUCUGAAAUGAAAUUCUAAUUGAAGAAAAAAAGGACCAUACGAUGUGAAUCACUUCUGAAUAUUAAAUUGAUGUAUUGAAAAAAAAAUUUAAUAAAUACAUUCCACAGACCAGGGACAUAGCAACAUAGCAAAACACAUUACGGAAUAACAAAAUACUAACGAUUUUUUAUAUAUGAUGAUUUAUCUGCGGCGAAUGGUGGAAGUUAUCAACAUGUGGUUGCUUAUAGUUUCCUGCUUUUGGACACUUGCAAAAGCAUAUCCAGAACAUGGCUUUAGUGCAUCAAUAAAAACCGACCAAGAUUAUUCUUCUGGUACAACUUGGGAGAAAAUUAAAGGUUGGGAGAUAGAAUCUAACUUACCAGGACAUUACCUAAGAGGUUUGGAAUUUGAUAGUGAAAAGAGUACCGUAGUUGUUAGAAAGGCUGGUAUAUACUACGUCUCGGCUCAUAUACUGUUAGCAGACUCGAUCAACAAAGAUAUCUCAAUCGCAGUUAUUGUUAACAACGAUGUUGAUAAGGGAUUGGCACUCUAUGGAACAGCAAAAGUUCAUUAUAGUACAGACAUUGAUAUUUUUGGUUUUGUUCAGCUUUCAGCUGGUGACAAAAUCACAGUCUAUGGUUAUUGCGCUAACUCGUAUAAAAUCCGCCGAAACAGUGCAUUGAGUUUUAGAUUUCACGACUAUAGCUCAUCAGUCCCUGGUUUUUUAUUUUCAUUGGAAAAUACAAUAAAACUGGAAGAAUCUGUCCAAAAGACUAUCCUGGGUGGAUGGGUGGUGAAGGAUCAAGGUCAAUUUUCGAGCUCGUCAACAUUUCGUGAAAAAGAUUCGAAAUUCCAAAUAGCUGUUGAUGGAAUAUACAUGAUUUCAGCUAAUAUAUUGAUAUCCUUGCUGGAAAAAUCUGGAGAUAUUCGACUCAAUAUUUACAUAGACAACACUGUAGCUGUAUCGUCACAACGUUAUUUAAAGAACAUUUCAACCCUUACGAUGAACGUGAACGACAUGAUUAGAAUCCCAAGUAGGUCGCUUGUUUCAAUGGAACUAGUAACAUCUUCAUCACGAAUUAAUGUAUUCGAUACGAGCACAUAUUCAAUACAGCUAAUUACUCCUGCAGGAGUUUCAAAUAAUGGCUUUCAUGCAAACUUGGAUGCGAAAUAUAACAAAUCAAGUGACUUUAUGAAACUGUCACCGUGGCAACCGGAUGCAAACAAAACAACUGAUUACCUGAGUUUCCCUUCAUCAGCGAUUGUUGACGGCAAAUAUUUCAAUGUAGAUAAUACUGGUUUUUAUUAUGUUUCUACACACCUGCAAUUGACAGUUGAGCUUGACUAUCGAAAUGACAGUGUUUUGACAGUGGCUUUAUUUAAUAAUGCAGGCUCGAUCUUUAUGGAAACAAGCAUAGAAACAGCUAUCCAAACACCACCAAAUGCCAACGACACCAUGUCUGUGCAAUCAUAUAGCGUUAAUCUAGGAGGGACGUUUCUAAUGACUCCUACAAAAGCAUUAUGCGUUGCAAUCAAAGGAGACAUGAAAUCUAUUACCAUACACGGCAGUUCCAGUUUCUCUUUUGCAGAAAUUCAGUCAUCGUAUCCAGGAACGCAUUCUAUUAUGAGCCAAUCAAUUGCUGUCAACAGUGGAGAGAAAAUUAGCAUUUCGAACUGGAAAACGAGUGGCAUUCCGGGUCUAUAUGACUUUACAAAAAGCAUGAAUAUGAUUAAUGGGCUUUACACUGCAACUCAAACUGGCGUUUACUUGCUAACUGCCAAUAUUAUUGUCGAGGAUGUCGAUAUGGAUGGAAUAAAGGCUUUUAUAUCAGCAGAUAUGACGCAGCUAAAUAAUGCAUUCAUUUUUAGUGACGCUAACCCAGUUCUGAAGAUGUCAAUGAGCCUUGGUGGCUUUGUCUCGUUGCAAGAAGGACAAACACAAUUGUUAUUUUUGGAAGCCAAAAAGGAUGAAGACUGGAGAAUCCGCCGUGCUAGUUUAAGUGCUUCGUUUAUUGGUGUAAACCCAAAUUAUUUUCAGUCAAAACUAUCCAAGGACAUGAAAGUACCUAAUGCCAAAAAAUUCAAAAUUGCAGAAUGGAAUGAAAUUAGUCCUGAUAAUAUUUUAACUGAAGGCGAAUACAAGGUGCCAUUUGAUGGCGUAUACUUCACUAUAGCAACAGUUGUAUUGGAUGGUGCUCACAAAACAUCUCUUGAAGCAUUCUACAAGUUGUAUAUUGCUGUCGAUGAAGCUGAAAUCAAAGGCUUGUACAGUAAGAGAGAGACUGCAAAGUCAGAAGGCUUAUCAAAUGCACCAGUAUAUACAUUAUUUCUUUCUGGUUGUUUUUAUGCGAAAAAAGGGCAGUUGGUAUCGGUGCAUUUGGAAAUGGGAGUCGAAGACAGUUUUACUAUAUCUGAUGCCAGUAGAUGGGGUGUUGUAUAUAGACCACCAAGUAAUUUAAAUUCUGGGGCUUUAGCUACUUUAUUUUCAGACACAACAUUUCCAUCUUCAUCUUCCGACACAACAGCUACUUGGCAAAAUGUUGGUUCAUGGGAGUACUCAAGAAGUUUAAGUGAUGGUAAAUUUGAAGAAGUGAAAACGCUAGAUUUCGAGGAUCCGCAGCAUGUGUUUGUGUCUCAAGAAGGGAUGUAUGUUAUUUCAGGCAAUGUCGAAGUGCAAUUUAGUGGAUCAGACAGUACCCUGCUAAAAAUAGCUGUGGUUGUUAAUGGCGAUGAUGGCGUUGACAAUGGAAUGACGCAAUGGCAUAAGUCAAGAUACGGCAAAGAAACAAUUCAUGUUUGCGGAACCAUAUUUUUAAGACCAGCCGACAAAGUCUCCUUUAGAUUCUCUGCAAACGAUUUUCCAAAUGUUAGGAUUUUAUUUCCCAGUGGAUUUUCAUUUUUCCGUAUCACAGAAAUAGGCAAGUCCUCUUCAUUCACUGCUAAGAUGAAGAAUGAAAUUAUAAUUUCCAAAGAUAAACAAAUACUGAACAACUGGCAAACCGCUGGAGCUUUAUCAUCAGAAAACUUUAACAGCGAUGAAGGUGCUGUAUUAAUUCCGUUUGAUGGUUCAUACUGGGUUUCGGGAACAUUCAGUUUUAAAGAUAUGGAUGGAAAGGCUAAUGGCAUCAAAGUAUCGAUAAAUACAAACAAUGUUGACAAAUUCGCAUUUGUGUUACCUUUUGAUAACGAGAAUAUCACAUUCACAUUUUCGGAACUACUUCACGUGAACACUUCCGAAGUUAUCACCCUUGGCGCGUCCUCUCUCUACAACAUCACCCAACUGCAGUCUGAAUAUAAUCUGUAUCUGAAUAAAUCUAACACGACUAACGCAACAUUGACGGACCCAUAUGAUACCAUUCAAGUUGCGUUGCAAGAAAAAUGUUCCUCGUUUUCUUUGAUGUAUUUGAAAGAUCUCAAGCUUAGCAAAAAUUCGGAAGGCAGUUUCGUGACUAAUAGACGUUUUGACAAAAUUGGAGAGCCCUUGCCAUUGCAACCAUGGGAGUAUAAACUUAAUCCGACAUCUACUGGAGCCGGAGGAUUCGAUGUCGACUUUAAUGGUGUAUACAUGCUGGUAACUUCACUUAAACUCGAGAAUGUCAGCAGUAAUGUAAAGAUAACCUUCUCGAAAGACGAUCAAAACAUUUGCUCAAGUGUUUUUGAAUGCAAAUCUUCUUGCACGACCAUAUUGAAAAUGAACUGUUUUGCAAAAUUUAAUAAGGGUGAUUUUAUCAUCAUAACAAUAACGAUUAAUAAAUCAGGCCUUCUUGUAAAAAAGGGAUCAACGCGUGUAAUUGCACAAAUCACAACAAGUGCACCGAGUGCGGCUGUACAUCUGAAGAAAAAUGCAAAACACGAUUUGGAAACGAAUAAUUGGGCUUUGAUUGGGCCGUGGUCUAAGAACAAUGGAAGUUAUGGAUUAUUCACAGACAGAAUCUCCAUCUACCAUAAUGAAUUGGUGAUGCAUGCAUCCGGAACGUAUCAAGUUGCAGCCAACAUUAUAGUUCGUGCUACAUGUCUUCAACCAUGUUUUGAAGACUUGGAGUUCGGGCUUUUUAUCAAUGAAGAAUUGUACCAAAGUGUUUGCAGAUCUGCGGAAGAUAAAAACACCACUGUUACAGCAAACAUUCUAGUUGGUGCAUUGUUACUAAAAUGGGAUAGAUUAUCAUUGAAAAUAAAAGCUUCGUCACCGGUUAAUGUGGAAGUGUUAAAAGACAGUACAUUUUCAACGGUUCAAACAGAGCCACCUCCUUUUGCAAGGAUUAAGGACGCAGGACCUACCAUGGUUUCGCAUUUAACACCAUAUUUUAUUGAGACAAGUACAAUGGGACUGAAUCAAACAUGGACGUGCCAAGCGUACGGUGAUGGAGUGAUAACUUACACAUGGUACAAGAAUGAUAAGGUUGUAAAAGUCGAAAAUGGUACAGAAAGUGAUUUGGCAAUUGCCGGCUAUAUAAACGACACAGGGGUGUAUCACUGUGUUGCGGAGAUGGGCAACAUUAAGGCGCCCACAAACAAGAUAAGUGUUGAUAUACACGAUAUUGAUGAAUGCAGUUUGAAACUGCAUGAAUGCUCUGAUAAAGCCUCAUGUGUCAAUACACCAGGCUCUUACAAGUGCAUAUGUAAGGAGGGUUCAGUUGGUGAUGGUCGCAUAUGUAUAGAUGAAAACGAAUGCAUGACUGGUACACACAAUUGUCAUAACGAUUCGUAUUGUAUCAACAUGGAUGACACAUACACAUGCUACUGCAAAGAAGGUUUCUUGGGAAAUGGAACAUACUGUCAAGAUAUUGACGAAUGCCACAAGUAUUAUUCGCACAGAAAUAAUUGCAGCGAACUGGCCACGUGUACAAACACUCACGGUGGAUUCAACUGCACAUGCAACCAAGGAUAUGUUGGUGACGGGUUAAAUUGCACAGAUGAAAACGAAUGCGAAACAAAAAAUUACGAAUGCGAUCCAAAUGCAUAUUGUGAAAAUUUAAAUGGCACUUACCAAUGUAUUUGCAGCACAGCAUAUACUGGAAAUGGCAAGACCUGCACUGAUGUUGACGAAUGCUCAUCUCCAUUUAACACUUCAAUAAUUGAAGCAGGUGAAUGGAAAUGUGUUAAAAAUGCUGUGUGUGUCAACGAAAACGGUGACUAUGGUUGCACUUGCGACAAAGGAUUUGUAGGAAAUGGUACUCAGGAAUGUACAGAUGUGAACGAGUGUCUCGACACACCAUGUAAUCCGAAUGCAGAUUGUAGGAACUAUCCUGGAAGUUAUGAGUGUGUAUGUCGUGGUGGUUGGAAAGGUGACGGCUAUCAGUGCUCAGAUUUGGAUGAAUGUGAGAAAGACUCAACUAACGAGUGCCAAAACGGAAACUGUACAAAUAUCGUCGGCGACUAUAUCUGCAAAUGUUUUACCGGUUACCGUCAAAAUGGAAGGACUUGCGUUGUUGAUAGUGGCGGAACAACAGCGAAGCAAGUAGAUGCAUGUAAACAAGACUCCUCCUCAUUCAAGUGUCUAUGCAUUGAUCCUGAAGCACGUGAAAACAACAUUAUGUGUAAUGGUCUCUUUGUUGCCUUACUUAUUUUGGUUCUUGUCGCGAUAGUUGUAAUUAUUUUUGUUGUGAAGUACAUUAAGAAGAAAAAAGCGAUGAAGAUACGACCUGUCAGAACACAUCGAGACAAGUACAUCGAAAUGGGAAAUGAAUCUGAACUUUAGGAAUCUAUAAACAGUUUGUAAGAUUAUCUGUAUUUGACAUUUGACAUUAUGGCUUAUUUUAAAAAUGUCGUUGUAAGUGGAUACAGCCGACGGGUAGACGCAGUCAAGCAAAAAAAACAAUAACAGAAUACAACCCACACUUUUUUUUGAAACAUGUUUUUUACUUUGUAACUUUUUUAAGACAGUGCAUACACACAGAAUAGUUAUCAAUACUUGUUAAUAUUAUAAUUGAGAGUAUUACACUUUUUUAUAUAUAUUAUAUGAAAAAUCGUUUUAUCAAUUUGA